CCUUCUCCUUCUCCUUCUCCUUCUCCUUCUCUUCUCUUUUGACUACCUCAUUGCAAAGGACCUUUUCACCUUAAACUUCUGGGGAGCCUUUGUCUUAGAAAGUGAGUCUGUCGACUCGUAAGACAAUGGCAUCCAGCAGUAUCACAGACUGUUGGGAAAUCGACGGCCAAAUUUUUCAACGGCCGACCACGUCCAACUCACAGGACUUCUGGUAUUGCACUCCGACACGUUGGGCUGAGUGGCUUACCGAGGCCACCAGUUCUGAUGCACGACUGAAGAGCGCUGCCCGCAAGAGGAUACGAAAAUUUGACACCGCCCGACGUAUCAUGGAAACAGAGGAGGGCGCCCCGGCACGCACACCGUGUGAGACUUGUGAGUCCAGAUCGAACCAGGGUAUCGAGUGUAGAGUGUUCAAGGAUAAGAACCAACGACACAGACCUUGUGCGUACUGUGUUCGCAGUGCGAAAGGAGGGUGUGAUACGGGCCAGACCGCGUAUAUGUCCAUCCCGAAAGCGGGAAAAGAACUUAUGCUCGCAAGGGCACGAGCCAAAGAACUUUCUCAGCAUGUAGCGGCGAUCAGAGCUAAACAGUCCAAUGCACCACGCCAAUCGGACCUUGGACAACAAUCGCCUUCUUUUGCAACAAGCGACAGCGAGGACUACGUGCCGCGACCUACGAGGCGUCCCCGAGCCAAGCAGCCAGAUGCACCUUCACGGCAAUCGAACCUUGGGCAGGAUUCGCUGUUGUCUGCAAUAAGCGACAGCGAAGACGAUGUAGUGCGGCCUACAAAGCGUCGCAGAACAUGCAUGAUGACCACUUCGACAGUCGAUGUCGUCAAUGUCGGAGCGCUGGCGAAAUCUGUCGACACCAUACAGUACGAAGAUGAAGAUUCUGAUAGUUCCGAGCUCAGCAAGCUCGACAGCACCAUCGCCUUCGACCACACUAUCGAGCCUGCGCUCAUCAAAACCGAAAUCGCCGACGAGUCCAGAGCGGAAGCAAAUGGUGGUGACACGCGACCACUGCAAAACGGAGCAGACCCAAUUCGCGCGGAGUCAAUCACGAGAACCAUUCCCGUAUCCCUCCUCUCGCAGCCAGUACACAUGAUGCAGCAGCAAAAUGAAGGAGAUCCCUCUUCUACCACCAUCCCGGCGGCUCCAGAAGUCCACGAACGCAAUUCCACCCAACAACAAGCCAACAACAACAAUAACAACAACAAUUCACCACCACCAUCGAAUAACACAGCUCGCGAUCGCUUAAUCCUACGAGCCGUAACUCAAGCCCGAAACUCAUUCUGGCCCAGAGUGGCGGAGCUAGUUAACUUUGGCCUCGAGCAGCCCGAUCAUCAUCAUCAUCAUCAACAACAACUCACAGCAGAAGAGGUCAAGCGAGCUUAUGAACGCAUCGACGUGACUGAUCGAGCAUUACUCGGUUAGAUUCCUACCUCUACCUCCUAUACCCUUAUGUACUGUAGUAGGUACUUACCUACAUGUAUAUAUACCUGAC